CAGGCAGCAAGAGGGAGCCCCUCUAUCGGGAAGUGAGACGUCAUUGCCCCUGUCGUUGAAAACAACAAUCGGAUUACGCAGUUAUCAAAAAGGCACCGCAGUGGUGUCUUUCUUUCUCUGUUGAAUUGCUGCAGACUGCGAUAAUGGCAGAUGAAGCUAUUGCGCCGGAGUCUGCGACCCAAAACCCGCUGGUGACCGUCACAUUCCAUCGAGAUCCGAACAGAAAGCAGAAGUACCUGGAGGCUGAGCCUAAAGCUCUCGGGAUAACGCAGAUUCUCCUGAGCGUGCAUCAGAUAGCGAGUAAGAGUAUCAUACCGUCCACCACCCGUUACCCUCCCGCCGACGUCCCUUACUACGUCACAUUAGUUGUGGUGAUUGUUGCUGGAAGUGUCGCAAUAGCGGCAAAGAACCUCCACCUGCCUACGCUGAGGGCCACUUUCGGGAUGCAGAUCUUGUCCAGUGUCGCCUCCUUCUUCAACGUGAUCUGGAUCCUGAUCCACCAGGAUACCUUCUAUUAUAAUCAUUGCUGGCACCAUGACUACAAUAGCACUUACGAGCAAACCUGCAAAGACAUCGAACGCGUGAAGGAAAUCAUUUUUGGGCAGAAGAUGCUCGUCCAGGUGGCUUUGUUUGCCAUCUCCGUCACUCUGGCCAUUUACGCCUGCAAGGUGGUCAACUGCUGCGGGCCCGCCGGCAAAAUGCCGGUGAUCAUGGUGCAGACCCCGCCGCCUGCCGAGUCGAGUCCUGAGCCCGACCCCUUGCAGUGACGUCUUUUCGUGAGAGAAGACCUCCUUUGUACAUCUUCCCGCAUUUACUCACCUCUUCGUCAUGAGUCGAGAGAAGCGCCGCUCCAGUGUUAGAGAUCCAAGUCGUACUUUUAUGUGCUGUGUCUUCCAGGAGCACUUUGUCGAUGCAGCCGACGUUUAUGAUGUCAAUUGAGUGCCGUCGGCUAUUAUGGAAAAUGGAGUUUUUUAUUUUCUGUAAAGUGCCUUUUCGAUUGUGAAAUCGUAUCUCCCUUUAACGUGGAUUUAGUUGUGAUUUGAACGCUGCACUACAGCGGGAUUAAAUAAAACACAUUUUAUUAGGUCGUAUAAAGCAUUAAAAACAGAUCAAUAAACAUGAUUGUGAAGGACA